AUGAUUUAUUUUGUGAAGGUUCCAGAGAGUGACAAACUGUUUAUAGCUUCAAAUGAAGAAGAUGAAGUGAAAUUACAGAAACAACGAGAUGUGUCAAAGUUUUUCCACAUUGAACCACAAGGGAAACUUCCAUCUUUUGUUACCGGUAAAGAAGGGAGAUGGGAAAAAUAUAGAAAGAAAUCAGAGGGAAUUAAGCUAAUAAUUUUAAUGUCAAAUAACGAUGUGGAGUUUGGAGCAAGAGGCAGCGUUGGACGUAACGUCAAAAUUCUAUUAGAUUUUAAAACAAAAGGAGAGGAUCUUAAGAAAAAACCUCUACCAUCAAUUUUCAUGGUUCCUAAACUGUACCGAGAUAUCAGCCCAAUAUCUUUUACGCCUAGGUUGGUCUCUAUUGGACCUCUUCACAGAAAAGAUACAAAUUUGCAAAAGUUUGAAGUUCAAAAAUCGACUUAUUUAAAUAAUUUAUUGGCUCUGUGUGGUUCCAAACCAAAGGAAACGUUAGAAGAUUGUGUGGGAAAGGUGAAUACGAAAAUUGACGAUAUCAAGAAAUGCUAUGAAGAGUCAGCGACCUACUACGGGGAUGAGGAACUUGCUAGAAUAAUGGUAAUAGAUGGAUGUUUUAUCCUUUAUUUUACUCAUCUUCUUUCAGGAAAAGCCGGCAGAUUUAUGGGAAACCGGUCGACUAUCCCAUUAAUAUUUAAUGAUAUUCUGCUGAUAGAAAACCAAAUCCCGUUUUUUGUUCUUAAAGACAUCUUUGAAUCUACUAUUCCUCUUUUUAAACGAAAUCCCUCUCUCGCUGACCAUCUUGAAAUACUUCUCAAAGGUUAUAAUCCUUUUCAAGAAUAUAAUGUUACAGACAACAUCAACCUAUCUGAACCUCCUGAUCAUAUCCUUGGCCUUCUGUACAACUGUUUAGUGCCUAGGCAUCUCUCAUUAUCACCAUCUUUUCUUCAAAAUGGAGGCCCGUCCUUGGAACAAGAAAGACACUCGGCCAUUGAACUGGAUAGGGCAGGGGUGAACUUUAGGACUAACAAAUAUGUGAAUUGGCCAAUGGCUAUGAAACUGGAAUUACCAAGGUUUUCAUGCUUCACAUGGUUUUGUUGUAAGCCUACUCUGUUGAUGCCAAAACUAUAUGUUCAUGAUUCCACUGAGUUGGUUUUAAGGAACCUCAUACUAUACGAGCAGUCGAGUCGAGUUCCAGAGUGCGUUACGUCAUAUAUGUGGGCCAUGGAUAUGCUAGUAGAUACUCCAGAGGAUGUUGCAAGGUUGGUAAAAUCAGGGGUCCUAGUCAACCAUUGUGGCGCCAACGAGAACGCUGCAAAUAUAAUAAACAACAUAUGCCAAGAUGUGUCCUUAGAUGGUUUUUAUUACCAUCAACAGUGGGAAGAUCUGGAUACCUAUUACAAGAGUUGCUGGCCCAAUGCCGCUGCAGCGUUGAAGCGUAAAUAUUUCAACAGUCCAUGGUCUAUAAUUGCUCUCUUUGCUGCAAUCGUUUUGUUUGUUCUUACCCUUGUUCAGACCGUGUAUACAAUCAAUCCCCCAAACCCAUAAUCGCGUUACAUUCUUAUUAUGUUUUCAUCUUUCAGUGUUCAUGUUUUACUUCAGUAUUUGUUGUUUUUUUUCUUUUUUUUGUCUCUGUUUGCAAGUCCCACAUAUUCAAGAAGUAUAAGUUUAAUAUUUGUCGGUUUCAAUAGAUUGUUGUUAUUUUAGCAUCGAAGUAGCUAGGUUUGAAGUAGACUUUCACAUUUCUUUUUGAGUUUAUGUUUCUAUAUGUGAAAAAGUUCCUUUGGUAUGGGAAAUUGUUUAUGAUGAGUUCCGGUAUCAAUAACUAAAACUUAGUAUUGCAAGUUGCAACCUUAAUUAUAACUCGAAAAAUAGUCAAUUAUAUCAGUGAUUUUUUAAGACAAUACUUUAAUAAGGUAACGUUACAAAGAGUUUUGUUUUUAAAAAAUAGUUACCCAUUAGUGUACUUUAAAACAUAUUUACAUAUUAAUUAUAUUAUAUUACUUAUUAAGAAACAAUUAGGUAACCAAAUUAAAACUCGUUUGGCAGCUUUACCAAAAAAAAAACAUAUUACCCUACGACCAAUAACACUAAAUGGUUGCCAGUUGCCUAGCUCUGAUGUGUAUUGUGAUGAGAUUCACUAUUUUCUUUGAUACAAGAAGGCGUUACACAUACUGUGAAGUGUGAAGAGACGAGACUGUAAAAGUUAUUUGAAGAAGGACGAUCCCAAGCAAGAAAUUACUGUUAUCAUGUACACAAACUCAUCAGUACCACAGCUUGGCUUCUGCAUGCAUACAGGGAGCUAUAAUCAUCAACGACAUGGAAACGUUAACAACGAGGGAGAAGAUCGUUUGAGGCCUCAAAGCAAUGAUGGGAUAAAAAGUGCGACUGGCAUUGUGGACUAUUGGUUUCUUUUCCCUUUUAUCUUUAAAACUAAUACAAUACAGUAAAUAAAUUCUGAAGUACCAUUUAGUUGGUAAAUAUCAUAAUUUUGUGAUCAUUUUAAUUGUAAAAAGAUAAACGAUGAUUUAUGUGAACCAGCGAUUAAGUUUGUCAAAUUAAAAUGAAAGUUAUUGUUUGUAA